AUGACUUGUCGCUUUGAUUUGCAUACGCACUACCUCUUAACGGGUUGGCAGAAAUACGCACAGCACAGAUUCAGACCUCGACAGCGGAAGACGAGAGGAAACCGACAUCAGAGCCAUGAGCCACUGAUCAAGAAGCUAAAACAGUGCGUUAAGGAGAAGGAUUCUGAGUUUAAUGUCAGUUUGCAGAUGUUUGCCCCACACAAUUUCGUAAAACGAAACCUAGAAUCCGUAACUGAAACGAACUGUUCAAACUCCAUGAAAACGUGCCUGUGUUCACUCCCAUGUCUAAAUGCAGGACUUUGUGUAAAUGUGGACCAGUGUGAUUGCAGUGAGUUUGGUGCGAAUGGAACACUGUGUCAAGCAGUUCUCAAUAGAGGCAUUAAUCGUGAUUUAAUCUGCCGAACUUGGGGUCAGUACAACUAUGAAACAUUUGAUGGGCUAUACUAUUAUUACCCUGGAAAAUGCACAUACACACUGGUGAGGGAAUGUGAACAAAGUCAGCAAAGCUUUUCGAUUCAGAUACACAAUGACCCAGCAUGCAAUUCUCCUCUAUAUUCUUGCCAGCGAUUGGUCAGUUUGUUCUUUGCAUUUGAAGGGGAAAUCAUUCUGCGAAACCACGAAGUCAUUCAUCAUGGAAAAAGUGUUCAGCUGCCUUACAUUAUUGGAAAUCUGAAGUUUGAACAGAUAGCUGGAUACAUUCUGGUCAAGCAUCACCAUGGAUUUUCUUUGGCUUGGGAUGGUAGUUCUGGAGUAUACAUAAAGAUGAGCAUAGAGUAUGUUGGGAAACUAUGUGGACUUUGUGGCAACUUCAAUGGAAAUAUGCAUGAUGAUUUAUACACUAGCUAUGGUGUAUUAACGGAGGAAAUAACUAUUUUUGGUAAUAGUUGGAUAGAAGAUGCCCCAAAUAGGAAACCUUGUCAUGUUACUCCAAUCAACCACCCAGCACCUUGUUCUGAACAAAACCAAAGUGUAAAUGAGAAAAUAAGAAAUUUGUGCACUGUGCUUCUUGGAUAUCCAUUUACACUCUGCCAUUACCAUGUACAACCCUAUCCAUAUAUGGCCAGUUGUAUGAAUGAACUCUGCACGUAUGGACCUGAUGAUAAUACAACACUGUGUGGAGUUUUGACUGAGUAUGCAAGGGCUUGUGCACAAGCAAAUAGACCACUAAAUGGAUGGAGACAGCUAUUCAACCAGUGUGUGGAAUGCUCAGUAACUGGAGAUAUUCACUUCAAGACGUUUGAUGAACAGCUCUAUUCCUUUCAUGCCAUAUGUCAGUACAUCUUGGCAAAGAGCCGCAGUUCUGGAAAGUUUACUAUCAGCCUCCAGAAUUCUCAAUGUGGCACAAAUCUGAAUGGUGCCUGUAUUCAGUCAGUGAGUAUUAUUGUUGAUGAAGAUCCGAAGAAACAGGUGACAUUGACUCAUUCAGGAGAGGUGUACCAUUGCAAUCAGUACAGGAUUAGUUUACCUUAUAAAGAUGAUUUAUUUGAAGUUACUGAACUUACUUCAGUGUUCGUACAAGUUAACACAAACUUUGGACUGCGUUUGCAGUAUGACAGGGAAGGGAGGAGGCUCUACCUCCAAGUGGAUGCAAGGUGGAAAGAAGACACCAUUGGACUUUGUGGAACAUUCAAUGGCAAUAUUCAGGAUGAUUUCUUGUCCCCAGGGGGAAUGAUUGAAAGCACACCACAGAUCUUUGCCAAUUCCUGGAGAGUCUCCACAGCUUGUAACCCAGGUGCCAACGUUCCUGAGGUGGAUCCAUGUGACACACACCAGCAGUAUGCCUCGUAUGCUACAGAGAAGUGUAGCAUUAUCAGUGGAUAUCUUUUUGCAUCCUGCCAUCAGUAUCUGAGUCCUGACCUUUAUCAACAGCAAUGCAAAACCGACACCUGCAAAUGUGGACAAACAUGCAUGUGCUCUGCUGUGGCUCACUAUGCUCGACAGUGUGGAAACUUUGGUAUUUUUGUGGACUUCAGAUCCAAUGUUUCAGAGUGUGCCAUUCAAUGUCCAAGUACUAUGGUAUAUGGCCCUUGUGUGUCAUUUUGCAAUCAGAAAUGCCAAUCAUUAUCUAUGCCGGAAGAUUGUUCCAAUGAAUGCACUGAAGGAUGUGCUUGCCCUGAUGGCACAUAUUACAACACCAAGACACACACCUGUGUAAUGAAAAAUGAUUGUCCUUGUUAUUUUAUGGGUACAGAAUAUUCACCUGGAGAAGUGGCAAUUAGUUCCACAGGAAUGUGGAUAUGUUCUGAAGGUACCAUGCAAUUCCAGAGUCAAAAACAGGAUACCCAAUGUGGACCUGGCCAAAUAUACUUUAACUGCAGUGCUCUUGUGAGUGGCUCUGAGACAAACGUAGGAGCAGGAUGUGGAGAGACCUGUCAAAAUUUACUCUUAAACACUUCAUGCCCCAAAUCUAUGCCAUGUCUUUCAGGAUGUGUUUGCCCCCCUGGUUGGAGGGAAUUUCUGUCAUCCAACUUUAAUACCAACAAGUUCGUUGAGCAGCUCAUUCCAUCAAGGAAUCCUAUUCGGGCGACUCAGAAGCAGGGACCAGACAGUGCGAAGGAGCAAUUAAAAGUGGGCGGGGUGACGAACCAGUGGCCCAGGGAGCGUGAAGCUGAGAAGGCAAAAGGAAGCGAGAGCGAAGCACGAAGGGUAGAGAGAGGCGCCCAGACGACCCGAGCGCAGCUCAAGCCGACCUGCGGCAAAGAGAAGCGUAGCUGGCAGGACGACCGGCUGCGAAGCCGGCAGGAUGCAGCUGAAGCGGGCCCGACGGGGAUACCCCGGGCUGGAGCUCUGGCGGACCUGAAAGGGAUACCCCGGGCUGGAGCUCUGGCGGACCUGAAAGGGCUUGUGAAGCAUGAAGAUGAAUGCUUUAAACCUGAAGAAUGCCCCUGUCUGUGGAAAGGAAAGGAGUAUUUUCCUGGUGAUGUAGUAAAAUCACCUUGUUAUAUCUGUGUUUGCCAGCAGGGAACAUUCCAGUGCACAUUCCAUCCUUGUCCUUCAAUGUGUACAGCGUAUGGGGACCGCCAUUUCAAGACUUUUGAUGGAGUCCAUUAUGAUUUUAUAAGUGGUUGCAAGGUUUACCUUGUUAAGAGUAUCGGGAGUUUAAACCUGUCUAUCACUGCUGAAAAUAUUGAUUGUUAUGGGAGUGGCACCAUUUGUAAGAAAGCCCUGUCUAUCUCUGUUGGAAAUACUUUCUUAGUAUUUGAAGACGAUAGCGAAAAUCUGAGUCCUUCCAGCGUCAUGGACACAAAACAGAUCAUGCACAUAUGGAAGGCAGGUAUUUUUAUCAUGAUACAUUUCCCUGCUGAAGAAAUUUCCGUACUAUGGGAUCAAAAGACAACAACGCACAUCCAGGUUGGACCUAAGUGGCAGGGUAAACUCUCUGGGUUGUGUGGAAAUUUUGAUAUGAAAACAGUCAAUGAAAUGUGGACUCCGGAUCACAUGGAAGCACCAAAUCCACAAGAGUUUGGGAAUAGCUGGACUGCUAUGGAGUGUGCAAGUAGCCCUGACAUUCGUAAUCCAUGUAACAUGAACCCACUCCGUGAGCCAUUUGCAAAGAAGGAAUGUGGAAUACUAUUGUGCGAGGUGUUCCAGCCCUGCCAUCCAGUGGUUGAUGUCACUUGGUUUUAUUCUAACUGCUUGACUGAUACUUGUGCCUGUAAUAGAGGUGGAGACUGUGAAUGUUUUUGCACCAGUGUGCUAGCAUAUGCUCACGUAUGCUGUCAACAUGGGGUUGCAAUUGAUUGGAGAACCCCCACAAUGUGCCCUUAUGACUGUGAAUAUUACAACAAAGUGCUGGGAAAGGGUCCUUACUUAUUGGUCAGUUACUUGGAUGCAAGUACAGUGGUGGCAGCUAAUUUGUCAAGUGGAGCUGUUUUUCUAGCUACAAGAGAAAUUUCCAUUCCAGGAGUAGUGACACUUUUUAUGCUGACUCCAGGACUUUACUCCCCUAAGCCGCAUGAUGCAUCAUUAGUCUCCUUGGAAGUGGCUGACAAACCAAACUACUUUCUUCGGACUGGAUUAGAUGGAGACCUACAUCUCAGUAAAUGGGAAUACAAUACAACUUUUCAAAAAGAGGCAACGUUUAAAUUCCACAAGGAUGCGUGGGUUUUGGGAUAUAAUGCCUUUGAAUCUUACAUAAGACCUGGAUACUUUGUUCAUCUGGCAAGUUCUAUUCUCCAUCUGCUGAAGUACAAUCACUCAAAGGGUUUCAGACAUGCUACACUCUUCCAGCUUGUAGAUGCAAAGAUUUUGUCUCCAGCUCAUUCUACCUGUGAGUGGCAGUAUGAGACUUGUGCCAGCCCUUGCAUCAGAACAUGCAGAGAUCCUACAGGCAACAUUUGUCAAGCUCUACCAAGUGUGGAAGGAUGUGUGCCUCGUUGUCCAUUGGAUAUGGUGUUUGAUGAAGAUACACAGAGAUGCGUUUAUCUAGAGGACUGCAUUAGGCCAGCUGUUUAUAUUCAGCCUUCCAAAUCCACAAGUGCAUCAGCAUCACCAGGAAUAUUCACUUCUCCAGCCUUUAAUGCCUCAGUGAAGCCAUUGACUUCCAGUGCGAUAGCUGAAAUAAGCCAAUUUACUAGUUUUCCAAUAGCAACAAGUAGUACAAAGACCACUGUUUCCACUUCAACUCCUAUGGUAACCCAGCUGUCAACAAGUCUAGCUGUGUUAACUACAAGUACUUCUCCACUUCCAUCCUUUACUGGAACAACUACAUCAAUACAAAAGGUAACAUCGAGAACAACACCUACCACACAACGAGGCUUGGUAUAUUCCACAGAAUCUUACACAUCACCCCCUUCUACAUUAGGCUCAUCAGCACGAAUAAUAACAACCGAAGCAGCAACUUUGCCUGAAAUGUCAACAUUAAUGGAAGCCACAAGUCCAACUGAAUUACUAACCAAGCCACAUUUUCGAUCCACUUCCAUUGAAACCAAACAUACUGUUACCAGAACAGUACCUUCAACAACUGCUACAGGAAUAGCACUGUCAUCGACAAGAUGGCUAACUACAACUAAAACAAUUCCGUCUAAAACAGAAUCAUUACCCGAGAAGACUUCCUCUUCCACAAUUGUAGCAUAUUCCCCUACAGAGACAAAGUCAAUUACCCAAAAAACCUCAGUGCUUCCAACUUCAAGAGGAACAGCAACAUAUGCCACUUCAAAAGAAAUGGAACCAACUGUGCUUCCAACGUUCAGUAAGACAACCACAAAGACCACUCGUUCCAGUUAUCCGUUCUUUACAGUGCACCCUUUGUCCACUGGAGCAGUGUCUUUGACAACAGAAAAGGCUCAAUCAUCAACGCCUGUUGGAGCCUUUAAAUUAUCAGCAUCAACAGAAGGAGCAUUGCAUCCAUCAACUGAAAAAUUAACAACCCCUUCAGUAAUUUCAAUAACAGAAUCAAAUAAAACCACCACAGCAAGUUCAGCACAACUCAAUGCAACAGAAAAGACUACAAUUUAUCAUCUGAGCAAAAGAACUCACUCAACAGCAAUUCCACCUGUGAUCGAUUCAAGUUUAACUACAUUACACACAACUUCAAAAGAAGCUGUCCCCACAUCAACUACCACAACGUAUUCAACACCAUCUGCGACAAUAUCCUCAGAAUCAACAGCUCUCAAAACAUUUCCAAAUAAAACGACGACAUCAUUUCUUGAACAUUCAUAUCCAUCACCAUCUACAAAAGGACCAGAAAUAGGUUCAACUGUGGACAUUUUCAAAAUGGUUUCAACUCCCCAGAGCACAGAAAUGACCUCUGGUUCAACAACCGAACUACAUGCAAGUAGUAAAUCAACUUCACCGCAACCAACCACUGCAAUGAGAUCCACAACUACUCAAAAAACAACCCUUUUGGAAACUUCAUCCAUUCAGACAUUCAGAACUUCUACUACAGCAAUCCCAACUUCCAUAAAAGUUGUCCCUCUUUCUGUUUCAACAGUUAAAACAACUACUGCAACUGUAAUCACUCAGCUUGGAACGACUACAAUUUUACCUACAUUGCUUACAAGCACCUCAGUAAAGCCCUCAACAGUUGUUUCAGGGCUCACAUCUAAAAUGACAGACACUGCACAUGCAGUAAAUGCAACAACACCUGUUUUUUCACUUUCAGCAACAACUACACCAACUUCAGCCAGCAGAACCAUCACUGAAAAAGUAACAGCUCCAGCCGUGGAUGUAGGUGGAACUAAACCUACAACAGUUUUGUUUAAAACACCAUUAGCAACAGAAACAUCAACUGUUUCAGUGAAUGAAACAUCUGUUACAUCAGCAGGAGUUAUUAAGACAACUAUAGCACCUGUUACAUCUGCAAGAAUUUCUACUGGAACUGAAGGAAAAAUAGUACCUUCUCCGCAGCUAACCAGUACUACAGAACCUGUAUCUGUGAGUUUGAAUGGGACUGUUCCAACUGAGUCCAAAAUAACUUCAAUUAAAUUUGUUCCUUCAACUACACAAUCAACAACUACCAGUAGCUCCGAAUCACAACCAUAUACCUUAUCCAAUGUCACGUCAUCUACAAUUACUUCUGCUGGUCUAUCAGAAUCAGUAGCAGGCCCAACAGUAUUCUCAGAAGGUGCCUACACGACAGCUCUGACCAUCCCACCAACUAGUCAUUGCAUUAUUCCAUUUCCACAGGAUGGAGAUGAAUGCAUCACACAGAUCUGUGUGGAAGGGCAAAUAAUGCAAAUCAAUAGAUCACAUCAUUGCCCCUACAUUAUUACUCCACCCACUUGUGAGCUUCUAGGAUUUGCUGUGCAGGUGAACACUGAUAAGUGUUGUCCACAGUGGGAAUGUCCAUGUCGAUGUUCCAUUCUUGCCAAUCUGCACAUAAUUACUUUUGAUGGAAGUGGUUUUGGCAUUUCUGGAGCUGCAUCAUACGUUAUUGCUUCAACGGCAAAUGAAACUAUUAUUGUUGGGAUCAACGAAUGUCUCAGCAGCCAGAUGACCACAAUGAUCCAACCCCAAGUGAACUCCAGCAACCUCUGUCUCAUGAAGCUUAAUAUAACUCAUGGAUCAAACAUUGUCAUAAUUGACCGGCAAAAGAGAAGGUUAAACAUUAAUUCAAAGUUAGGCUACACUCCAUUCCGAAGAUUUGAUUUUGAGAUUGUAGACACUGGGAGCAUGUACACAAUCCUGACUCCAGCUGGUAUAGUGAUACAGUGGUUUCAUAGCACAGGGAUUAUGGUUAUCGACACUGGAACACCCAAUAAAAAGCAAGCCACUUUGGGACUAUGUGGCUAUUGCGAUGGAAACCCAAUAAACGACUUAACUUUGAAAAAUGGCACUGUUCUUAAUAAAGACGAUGACCCAGUGAUCUUUGUUGAAGAUUGGACAGUGGCUAGCACAGAGACUGGCAUAAAAAUGAGUCGGAUUCUUGAGGUUAACUGCUCCACAAGCAAUUGCUCUGAGUGCUUCAGGAUGCUCCAGAGUGAGUCUUUUGCCCCCUGCCAUUCACAAGUUUCCCCAGAAAUGUUUUGUGAACUCUGGAUCCGCGAUUCAUUAUUUGUGCACAACCAUUGUUCUGCCCUGGGUGCUUAUGUGGCACUGUGUAAUAAGUUCAAUAUUUGCCUUGAGUGGAGGAAGCCAGACUAUUGCCCAUUCACAUGUCCUCCUAACAUGAUAUACCAGGCUUGUGUACUGACCUGUGAAGCAAAGACGUGCCAGAACAGAAUUUUCUUCCCAUCAGAAGACGCAUCAUGUUCCAUAAUGAGUGAAGGAUGUGUCUGUUCAGAAGGAUCCAUCCUCCAUCGUCUUGACUCCACCCUGUGUAUACCUGAGGCAAAAUGUGCUUGCACCGAUAGUUGGGGACUUCCACAUGCUGCUGGUGAGACAUGGAAUGCAUCAGUGGAUGGAUGUUGUAUGCAUCAGUGUCUGGAGAAUGGGACCAUUGUUACUGUCGACCACAACUGUUCAGCUGUUCCUGAACCAGUUUGCCAUCGUUCUGGGGAAGUAGUAGUUAGUCUAGCUAGUGAUAAGAGCUGCUGCCCUAACAAAAUAUGUGCUUGCAAUCAAACAGUCUGUGAGAGUUUUGCCCCUCAGUGUGCAUAUGGAGAGAGGCUCAUUACCCUUUAUAAACCAGACUUCUGCUGUCCUGACUACUUCUGUGAAUGUGAUCCAGGAAAGUGUGGGUCUGAUAUUCCAAUUUGUCGAGAGGACCAGACUUUGAUUGCUACCCAUGCUGACGGCAGUUGUUGCUUAGCAUAUAUCUGCAUGUGUGGUGCUUGUUCUGACCAAAUUCCCACCUGCCAGGAAGGAGAAAUCCUUACUGUGGACAACAAUACAACUGAGAUGUGUUGCCCAGACUACCAAUGUGUUUGUGAAAUCAAUCGAUGUCCAAAAUUUCAGUGUCCUACAGGAAUGCAAGAAAUUCGGGCAUGGAGCCCAGAUCAGUGCUGCCCAUUUCAUUCUUGUGAAUGUGCUUGUGACACAGUUCCUAAACCUCAGUGCAAAUUGGGAGAGGUGUUAGUAAUAGAACAACAGCUUGGAAAUAUCACAGCCAAUCCAUGUGGAUGCCUGGAAUACAAAUGUGUAAAUGACCAAGUGUGUAUUGAUGGAGAGAGAGGUAUAUUACGCCCCGGACAAGCCAUUGUAGAGCACACAACAGAUGGGCUUUGCUACUCCACACAGUGUACACACAAUCAGGACAACAAAACUGGCUUCUACCAACUGCUUGUCACCAUGAUCAACUGCUCAGCACAAUGUGAAAUGAAUCAGGUCUACAUUCCUCCUAAUGACUUAACAACAUGUUGUGGUGUUUGCAAGAAUGUAUCCUGUCUAGAUAACUUGGAAAAUGAAACUACAACCAUCCACAAGCCUGGAACAUCGUGGAUGUCCAACUGUGUCAGGCAUGAUUGUACUGACACAAUUUCAGGACCGGUCUUGAUAACCUCAAAUAUCAGUUGCCCACCUUUCAAUGAAACUGCUUGUUUGAAGAUUGGAGGAUCAAUUAUAACGUACAUGGAGGGCUGCUGUAAAAGCUGUAAAGAAGAUGUGAAGUCAUGUCAGAAGGUAGUCGUGAGGAUGACCAUUCGAAAGAAUGAUUGCCGAAGUAACAGACCAGUAAAUAUAGUAUCGUGUGAUGGAAAGUGCCCCUCCGCCAGUAUUUACAACUACAGCAUUAACACACAUGCCAGAUUUUGCAAGUGCUGCAGGGAAAUUGGUCUGCAGAAACGUAUGGUACAGCUUUACUGUAGCGGCAACUCAACCUGGGUUAGCUAUCCCAUCCAAGAACCGACAGAUUGCUCCUGCCAGUGGUCCUAGAGAUUGAUGGGCAGAAAUGAACAAAGAGAAAAACUACUGUAUCACCUGUAAAGCAAAUGUUUUUGAGAAUUUGUAGUUUGGUGCCACAUGCAGUCUAUUCCAAUUGAUCCCAGUCCCUAUUUUUAGGAAUUCUAAUUGUUAUUUUAGUUUAACAUCUUUUUGAAGAUCCUUUAUUUCAACUCCUUCACUAUUUUCAAAAUUGCCUGAAACAAUUCAUUAAUUUAACUCACAAAAGAAAGCUCUGCAUCUUACCUGCUUAAGGUUGCCAAAGAAAUCCAGCUAACUAGAGUCUAACUUGUGCAGGUUGACUUUAUAAAUUUGUUUCACUGCAAGUGAACCACACGUGGUCUACCUGGUCUGAGGUGUUUGAGGCUGGCGGACAGUGCACAAGUAGGAAGGCUUCCAUUCCCUGGCACUCAUUGCCUCACUGAGAGGAGCACAGACCUCACACAAAAUACAUUACCAAAAACUUUUAUAAAUCAUAAUUACAUAAUUAUUUUAAUUAUCCAUUUUUAAUGAAAUGUUGUCAUAAAAACAUUUUUUGUACAGAACUAUUGCCUGGUUUUAUGCCAAUGGAUUUAUUGAAAUACCUUGAAUGUUUUUUUUUAUUCUUAUGCUUUUAAGUUUAGGAUAGUUACUGAUCUUUUUCUCAAAAUAUUUCUGUUUGUUAUCCUUUUGAAAUUAUAUACAUUAAACUUUGAUCAGAGAAAAUUAAAGCAACAAAAAUUGAUAAGGAUAGGUUUUGGCAUAGAUAUCUGGUUCAUGUUCAGUGCAGCUGAUUGGGUUCUGUACAUUUCUGUGUACUUUAUUUAAACAUUAAAACGAAUAAAACUAACCCAUCUAUUUUGUAUUUGUGUGCAUCCAAUAUUUAGUAAAAAUCAUCGUGAAACUUGAGUAAUUCUUUUUUAUCAAUAAGUGUUUGUAGUUUUCCAGUUAUAUACACAGAAUAUGCUAAUCUCUAAUAGAUAUGGCCUGUUGUGACUAUGCUAAUAAUAUAAAUAAAGAUACAAAAUACAUGGGCUAAGAAUUGUAAUCAGCAUAUCUGAUUUUUUUUUAAAAUAUACACAGAAUACAUGCACAAUCCAGCAUUGAAAUAUUUGCUCUAUAUUCUGUAAUACAACCAAAGGAUGUCGACUCCAUAAAACCAUUCCAACUCCCCUAAUCGUUUGAAUGUGUUCCACUAUAACGAGCCUUAAUUUUUCCA